GUUGCUAGUUUAUCUGUCACUCUACGCUGUCUCUAUAACAGGAUUAACUUAACGGCUGUCUCUCAAGCUCAUUUUGAAAACCCGUUAGCAUUGCUGUCUUGUGACAGCGCCUGCUUGAGUCUUUUCCAGAUGUUUCGUCAGAGGACAAGUUCACAAAAGCCUGGCGAUGAAUUGCUUGCCAAUUUCCGACAACAGUUUCCCGAGAUCGCGUCUGUAGCCUCGUCUUCGACGGCGGGAGCGCCAGCGCAGAACACUGUGACUGCCGACAACGCAGUUCUUGUUCCCCCCGGCCAGGAACAGCAUCAAAGUGCAAGCCAAGAUGUGUUCCGAGACCAGGACCCUACGCCGCGGGCUUCGGGCGCGGAGUGGAGGUUUACCCCUUCGUUGCUAGAUCCCAAUUCCUUUGCUUUCAGCACAUUCGCAAACCAACCGCCGGGCUACUACACACCCACGCCUGGAGGUACCAAUACGAUUUACCAUCCACAAGCAGGCGACCUUCAUACACCGUCAAUGGGUCUCGGAAUGGGACUUGUAACUCCCCUAUCGCUUCCUACUACUGAAGGCGCCAUCCAGGCCGGACCAGCACUACUGGAUCUUACUCAGUUUCAUCACGGCGUGCCGCCGCAUCAGUUUCAACCGCCUUUCGACCCGUUUAUUCAACCGACUCCUCCUCAGCCAUCUUUCGCACCUUCGUCAUUUGUGCAUCAGGAUACUGGCUAUGAGACGAUGGACCAUGAUGGAUCACCCCUUGAUUCCGAUAGCCACGAGGAGCAUAUAGGCUCUAUGGAUGCGACAUUCCAUUCGCAGUCCCCGCCUAAUAUGAUCGGUUUUCAGCAUAGACAAUUUGGUGCCCCCAUGGCUCAUCUGCUGCCACCUUCGGCUGACAAGUUUCGUUUCCACUCGACCUUGAACGCGCCAACGGCUAUGAUCAAGCACGCGGAUGAAAUCCCGGUGACGUACCUUAACAAGGGGCAAGCUUACUCGUUAGCAGUAGUUGAUACCGCGGCAGCUAUGCCGAUAGUGCCUGGAACGAAGUAUCGGACAUUUGUGCGCAUCUCCUUCGAAGACGACCAACAACGACAAAGACCUGGUGUCUGCUGGAGUUUAUGGAAAGAAGGUCGCGGGACCAACGAGGCGCAUCAGCGAGGCGGGAAGCUACAAGCGGUCGAGUAUGUCGAAGCUGGGCAACCGGCUGAAGGCGAUGAUAAGAGAACCCGUAUCGAGCUGGAGACAGCUUCCUUCGACGGAUUUUCGGUUGUUUGGACACCGGGUGUCAACGGUGCCGCGGAGUGUAAUAUUGCGGUCCGCUUCAAUUUCCUCUCGACCGACUUUAGUCAUUCCAAGGGCGUUAAGGGCAUUCCAGUAAGGUUAUGUGCCAAAACGAGCCUUUUAUCGGCGACCGAUUCGUCUCCCUUGUCAGAUCCGACGUUUGAAAUUUGCUAUUGCAAAGUAAAGCUAUUCAGGGACCACGGGGCAGAACGAAAACUUUCAAAUGAUGUCGCGCAUGUUAAAAAGACCAUUGACAAACUCAAGCAGCAGAUUGCUCAAGCAGAAAGCGGAGCGAAAGAUUUCGGGAAACGCAAACGAGGUGGUGGUUCGCAUGUCAAGGGUCAAGACCAUCAACGUCCAGGGAAAGCGCCAAAGCACAAAAGAACAUGGUCAAUGUCGUCAACCAGCUCCGCGGGCGGAGGUGGUGGGAACCCGCGACCUUCGCUUGAAGAUGAUCUGCACUUCAAACUUCAGACUCUGCAGGACAUGUUUACAAGCACGCGGCCUGUGAGUAUGUUGUACUUGCGUGGCGACGAUUUGGAUGAUCCAGACCUACACCCGGUAACCCUUCCUGGGGAGCCGACGGAUCUCACCAAAGUUGACCCGAAGGAUGCUGUUGCAUGGCAAAUCAGAAGCGCACGAAGUUCGGUAGCCGGGUCUUCCCUCGUCUCUCCUUCCCCUAGUUCCAUGUCCAUGCACUCGCAAUCUGCUAAUGCCACUCAAUGGAACGACUUCCAAAGUGGCGGGGAGGCAUCGGCUUCUCGAAGAGCCUCCGAAAUGCCAGUCAAAGUCCCCAAGACCGACGAUGAUGGGAACUUGAGUGGUUGGAUAGAAGCACUUGGAGUAGAUCCUUCAUAUAAGCCACCGACCGAAAAGCCUGUGAAGCCUGUCGCCUGCUUUUACGUCGCCCGACGACGUCGGUCAGAGCCCGAGAGGCGAGAACUCCACCGAGCAAUCUAUUUGGCCCAGCGAACAACAUCAGAAUUUGUGUCGCGAAUUUCGACGAAGUGGGCUAUCGACCCUUCGGCCGUUGUGCGAGUAGUCCGCGUCCUAGAAAGCGGGCUGGAAGUAGAAGUAGAUGACGAUAUGAUCCAGACCGUAUCUGAAGGUCAGGAUAUGACGCUCGAAGUUGCAGAGGUCGAUCGAAGUGUGCCUCAACCUAAGCGAGAAUGGGAGAUGAUGGCCGUCGAUGGCCUCAAGGGUGAUAGAGACUCAACCCACAGCGCGUUUCGUACGACGACCGGUUACGAACUGCGACUUACAUUUUAAUUUCUACCUAGGGGUGUCUGCGGGAAUUACGUGGAAUUACGUGGAGUUUUAUUACUUUCGAUGAUUAUACAUUGGGGCGAGAAAGACAGACAGUCCUGGAACCGACCGGUCUACGCCGUCUUAUUUGUUAACGAACAUGAUUACUUAUACCCUACGAAUAACCGGCGGAAUUUUGAUUUAUUAUUAUUAUUAUAUAUAUAUGGCGUUCGAACGGCACCUUAAAAGAUACCAUACCGUUUAGGGGCAGCUCUGUUUCUCUCCGAUCCCUCUGUUGUGACGGACCGACGUUCGGGUCUUUUAGACUGAUGAUGCCAUAUACAUUAGAGAAGAUACGACCUGUACUAUGUAUUUCAAUUUAGGCGCAGUCAUGACGCUAUCCUGGGCAUGUUUUUCUUGGUCAUGGAAUAUACCCAGUUGGAUCGUUUUAUAGGUAUAUAUGUAGCUCUUUGGAGCUCAAGGUAUUCUAUCUGUAGAUUUUGGAAGAGGGUUGGCGGGUGAAGCGGGACGGCAGGGAAUUACACACUACACGCGAAGCAGACUUCUCUGCAA